GUGCUGUUGAGAAUGGUGAUGUGCUUCUGCUUGGGUCCAGUUGGCUCCUUCGUCUCUUGUCGAAUACUCCGAACCCCUGUGUGGCUCCCAGGUCUGCCAGUCGACGAAGGGAUUAUGAGAGAACUGGACAUUUUGCAUAUGCCUUGUGUCUUGUAGCGCGGGCUGGAAUAUCUGAUGCGGUGUUGGGUGUGGUGUUGGUUGUGGUACUGGUCUUCGUACUGGUCUUUGUACUUGUUGCAUUGUUUGUCGUGGAGUGUGAUUAUCAUUGUUAAAGUUCUGUGCGAACCAUGGUGCUGUGCUUGGUGCCAUAGGUUGUGUCAACGUAACUCCGGGAAAGUUUCCGGCACCUUGGUUGUAAAUCAUCCCUGGAGGAAUGGUACUGAGGCGAGUCUGGAGUCCCACGUCUGGAGUGGGAGUACAGGCCCUCCUGAAGACAGGCUGGGGCGAUGUUGAUGAUAUCGACGUACGCGGGCUAAACAUUUCAGGUUGAGGAGAGACGAAUCCUGUCUGAGAAAACGGGUUCACAUUGCCCCAAUUUGACGUAGGAGAAAUGGGCUGUUCCCAACCGGGCUGCUGGGUCUGGACAGAAG